AUGGGGUUUGGAGAUCUUGACUCGAUAUGCCGGAAGGCGGCGUUGCCACUAUGCUCUCUCGUUGGACCGAAGACGGGGUUCGCAGGGACGAGAGGAAUACUACCAAACUGUUAUGCGAGAAGCAUCGAGGUCGCCAAUACGAUUAUUUUCCAGGGCGCGGCAGGAAUAAUACAUAUCAUGGCUUUGGGAAUGGCAGUGGUUAUGAUCAUCCAUAUCCGAUCGAAGUUUACCGCAGUCGGCCGAAAGGAAAUCAUAACAUCCUUCUAUCUUUAUAUGGCUCUCACUGUCUGCUCGCUUGUGCUUGAUACGGGAGUAACUCCGCCAGGCAGUGCAGCUAUGCCUUACUUUGCUGCGGUACAAAAUGGUCUGACGUCCGCGAUGUGUACCAGUCUUCUGAUCAACGGCUUUGUUGGAUUCCAGUUAUAUGAGGAUGGCACUGCCCUUUCGGUAUGGUUGUUGCGGUUCUCCUCCUUAGGAAUGGGCUUAGUGUCUGGAGCGAUAUCUCUCUUGACCUUCCAGGGAUGGGCAGGUCUUUCCCCGACGAAUACUGUUGCCAUGUUCGUGGUUCUCUACGUGUUGAAUGCCUUGUGUUUGGCUAUAUAUGUGAUCAUGCAGAUUAUCCUCGUUGUCAAUACUCUCCAAGAUCGAUGGCCUUUGGGACACAUUACGUUUGGUGUCUUCUUCUUCGUUGCUGGACAAGUCAUUCUAUACGUGUUUAGCGAUACAGUCUGCGAGGGUGUUCAACAUUACCUAGAUGGAUUGUUCUUCGUUACUUUCUGCAAUCUGCUCUCUGUCAUGAUGAUCUAUAAGUACUGGGAUUCCAUCACCAAGGAAGAUCUCGAGUUCUCGGUUGGUCUAAAACAGAACAACUGGGAAGUGAAAGAGCUUUUACCUGAAGAAGAACGCCGGGCCACCUUUUAUGUUGACACCAACUCGGAGUAUGCUGGCAGCAUGUACCACAACCGAAGCUCAGCACAUGGUGGCCAUCCAGCUUAUUAA